AGCCUUGAAUUUUCCCAAGGAAGAGAACUUGCCUUUUCCUCUGGCUGUUUUUGCCUGAAUUUUUCCCAUCCUCCCCUCUUGGAGCCUCGUCCCGAGCCUCCCUCCAUCUCCCUCCAUCUCUUCCUUUUCUUCGCCAUGGCACCUCCACUCGGCACCUGGCUCCCGCGGCUCCUGCGCCUGGCAGCCUUCACCGCCGUCGCGGCCGACGCGGCCGACGCCGCGUGCCGCGCCGCCCGCGUGGGGCGGACGACGCUGGGCGCCGCGGCGCUGGAGACGUUGGCCGCGCUGCCGGCGGCCGACGUGGCCACCGUGCGCUGCGGAGAGUUGCAGGGAACGCUGCUGCAUGAAGCGGUGGAGGGAGGAGAUUUGGAAGUGGUGAAGUUGCUCCUGGCCCGUGGUGGCGCUCAAACGGUCAAUGCGAAAGAUCGAUUUCUGAAGACUCCCCUGGCGUGGGCGGCGCUCAAAGGUCGUGUGGAGGUGACGAAGCUUCUCCUGGCCUCCAACGCCACCGUGAAUGCGAAGGAUGAGUUCCUGGCCACGCCCCUCUCCGACGCGGCACAGGAAGGCCAUGUGGAGGUGGCCAAGUUACUUCUCCAACACGGAGCUGAGAUGGAGGCCCGCGGGCAGAUGGGCCGAACCCCCUUGAUGGAGGCGGCCGAGCAAGGUCACUUGGAAGUGGCGGAUCUCCUGAUCCAAGAGGGUGCAGACCUGGACGCCGUGGACUACGCGGGCCGACCGCCCUUGGUUCACGCGGCCAUUCAAGGAGAGCAAGACAUGGUGGAGCUCUUGGUGGAGAACGGCGCCAACGUCUUCGGCAGCAGCAACGAUGGCAUCGCCUUCUACAAGUCCGGGCCGCCAGAGAUCCAGAGUUACAUCGGCCAGCAGAUGAGGUUCCGCUCGCUGAUCACGCAGCCCUGCUUCCUUUGGAUUUUGCUGGGUGCUCCAGCUUUAGGAGUCUUGUGGGCCGCCCUGCAGCGCGCCCUUCGGGGAGGUCUCCCCAGCAGCUUCGUGGAGAUCCCCUCGGAACGGCAAAUGGUGGAGUCAGAGCUCCUGGAAGAUACCGAAGACGACGAGCAGAGCGAGUUCUUCCAUGGCGCCAAGCUCCUGUUGGCCCAGACCAGCCUAUCUCCCUUCCAUCGCUUUCUCGAAGUGGCCACCUGUGCGGUCUUAAUCUUCGGCUUCGGCGUCAGCGUGGUGUGGUGGGCCUUUUGGAUUCCUCUUCAUGUGUUCUUCUAUCUCUUACCCGCCCUUCUCGCCUAUCCCUGUCAUCUUCUAAUGACCCGCCCUGCCCUGUUCCUCACCUUCAGUUUAAGCAGUGCUGCUGCUCCGCUGCUGCAGCUGCUCCGCACCACACUGCUCUUAGCACUCGUGUUGCUCGUGGCCGCGCGGCAUCGCUCCGAGUGCGUCUUGGUCUCCAGCGUGUGGGCUGCGCCCAUUUGCCGGGACCAAAGCGCCAUGGCCGGAGGCGCUACUUCCACCUCGUUCUACGUGGAUUCGUUGCAACUCUCCAGCUUGAAUUGGUAUGAACUCCUCUUGGAUCCCAGCACUUCGUGGCAACUCGAAGGCGUCACGCUCUUCGGCUUCCAGCUUCGACCCUUUCUCCUCACGGCCGCCUUCUUCAUCUUCUUGCUUCUGACCUCUCUCGCUUACAUGGCCACUUUGCUCUUGAAGUGCUUCGCUUCUAUGACUCGCCCUUGCGUCACCGACCAGGGCCUCUCCCCCAGUGAGGCCGUGCGGCUGCAGAUGCUCUUGAGGGCUGCGGCACCCAGCACGUUCCCCAAGGACGUGGCGCCGGAGAAGGGCCGGAGCCUCCACGGCAAGUUGUUGCUGCUGAUCUUGGACGUGGCCUUCGACGUGAACACGGUCUACACCUUGAUGUUCACCGGGAAUCCUCUCUUCGCCUUUGCUUUGAUGCUGGUGCUCAGCAGGUCCCUGGCUCAACAGCUCUUCUCUGGCGCUUGCAGGCUUCCUGAGGCUGUGCAGGAGAGCACGCGAAGAGGAAUGAUGCGGAAAGAUCUGUUGGACAUCUUCGAUGAAGAGCAGGGCUUCCAGGCCUUUGCAUCGCUCUGUCUCACCUCCUUGUCUUAUUGGUAUUGCAUCCAAGAUGCAUAUCAGGCCACAGCUCAGAUUAUUAGCAUUCUUCUGAGCACUUAUAGUGUGUCAAGCUACUUGUUUCGCCGGAUUGAUGCAGAGAUCGAGACCUAGGCUCGUAGAGACUCGUGCAGCUUGGCACGUUCGGGGUGAA